AUAUAUAUUGUAAUUUAUUAAAUAAUUAAAAUAGAAAUAUUUUUAUAGCAUAUGUCUAGUGAAGAAGAAGCCAAAAGUGCAAUUGAAGCUCUAAAUAAUACAGAAUUUAUGGGAUCAAAAAUUACAGUUGAGGUUUCUCAUAGCAAGGUUCGGCCUAAACCAGGAAUGGGAGGUAAAGGACAGUGCUAUCGCUGUGGUCGUCAAGGUCAUUGGUCUAAGGAGUGUCCAAGAAAUCCAAAUGCUCGAAUGGGAAAUAUGCCACCACCUAUGACACCACCUUUUCCAUAUUCUGAUCGACCAAUGCCAAGAUAUGGACUUGAUAGAGGAUAUGCUCCAGCUGACAGAGGGUUUGCUCCCGAAAGAGGAUUUGGUGCAGAUAGAAAUUAUGCUGGAGAAAGAAUGAGACCUUAUCCAGACCCAUAUGACCGUCGACCUCCUCCACCUCUCUCUCCAGGUUUAAGAGAUGAUUAUUAUUGUUAUAGAAGAACUUAUGAUGAAUACGGAUUUGACAGAUAUAAUUAUGCAGAUGAUCGUAUUUUUUCCUAUAGUGAUAUGGUUGCUCCCCAGGGAAUGACUGCGGCCAGUCAAUAUGCCAGUGGAACACAAGAUUUGAGGCGAGAUCAAUAUGACAGUUUUGCAGGAAUGACUUCAGGACAAUACAACAGUAGACCAGAUCAAUUUACAAAUUUUCCUCGGGGGAUGACAGCUAGUCAAACUGAUGCUAGCAGAAUGACCCAAUACGAUACAACGACUGGAAUGAUGGAUUCGUCUUUCACCAGUAGGCCAGAUAUGAGAAGGGAUGUUGAAGGAUUUAAUACAAUGACUACACAACAGUACAAUACUGGAGGGUAUGAUAUUAAACAAGAUCCAUAUGGGAAUGUUAGUAGUAUGAUGACUACUACACAGGGUGAUAGUACACGUGACGUAUCUACUUAUGGUGGGGUAUCUGGCAGUACAUUAUUGGAUGUAAAAAGGGAUUAUGUGGAUCAGUUUUCAGGUAUGGCUACAGCAGUUGUAGCUGCUGCAAGAGAGACUACAAAUUAUGCUGGCAUGUCUGCCUCAUAUGGGCUCUCUACUACUCAGUCUGCUGAUACUAAGCGUGACUAUAGAGAUACAAUGGGAGUGACUGGAUUUAUAGAUAGAACACAGGAGGUUACAAAUUAUAGUAAUCUUACUACUCAAUAUGGAAGUAUGCCUGUAGAUGUAAAACGAGAUUAUUCUAAUACUUUUGCUACAACAGCAGCAAGCAUAACUACUCCGCAGCAAACCACGCAGGGCUCUUACAGAAUGGGUAGGGAAGGUUAUGAACAGUUAGAACGAAUGAAUGCUCAGUAUAGUAAUGGAUCUGCUAAUCUGUGGAGAGAGCAAUAUGCUCGUCUUACAGGUUCAAUGAUAUAAAAUUUCAUUGUCUAGUAUCUGUGUAUCUUAUUUAGUUGUCUGAUAUUUCUUGAAUUCCUAGUAUUGGGAUUCUAUCAGUUUCUUUAUAUAAUCGUACAUCAGGGUUUAAUUGUCGGGUGCAACAGUAAAAUUACUGUUGAAAUAUUUGGCAGUAGUGAAGUGUAAUUAAUAGUAGUAAUAUUAAAAGGAAAACAUUGUGAUUUUAUAGGAUGCCAUUAUUCUCACUGUUCAUAGUGAUUUUUAUUUAGAAAAGCACAGUUAUUUUAUGUCACUGAUAAAUUGAUGUAGUUAAUGUGCUCGGGAUAUUAGUUUCAAGAUCAAUUUAUAAAAAUUUUGACAUUUAAAAAAAUGAAAGAUAUCAAUAAUAACAACAUUUUAAGAAAAGUCAACACUACUUUAGCAGUUUAUUGUAUUAGUUGUAAAGACAGAUAUAAUAAAUUGUUAAAGAAAAAUUAUUUUCCAAAAACUUAUACAAGUAUUUCAGUUUUUUUUAAUUAUAAUUAUAUAAUGUGAUUUUAAGAAACUUCUGUAACCUAUUUUUCAUAAUGACAUUUACUUCAAUAGUAAAAAAAAAGAAAUAAAAUCAUUUAAAGAGAAGUAAGGAAUUAUUUUUAGUAUUCUUAACACAGUUGAAAUCAUUAUUUUGCAUUUCAUAAAAAUUUAUUAUAUAUAAUAAUAAUCUUUGUUAUCUACAGUAACUUAAUUUGGCAGUUUUAAAUUUCUUCUUUUAAGUUUAACUUAAAUAUUUUCAUUCGCAGAUUUGAAUGAAUUUGGUUAAACAAUCAGAAUUUUUAAAUAGUGGUAUGGCAUUUUCUGUUAAAACAAAUUUUUAUUUUUUAAAUUCAAACUGAGUUUAAAAAAUGUUCUAAAUUUUUCUGAUUUUAUUGUCAUUAGUUAUCUCAUUUGAACAUUGCCAUAAGAAAUUAAUUAUAUGUUUCAUAUUAUGUAUAAAUUUAUAUAUUAAUAUGCUGAUUUUAAUAUUUAUAUCUAAUAUUUUGGAAUACAUGGAUAUUAAUUACGUAAUGAAAUUACAUAAUUGAAUUACAUAAUGAAUUUCAAAUACACAUUUUGUUAUUUAUUAUAUUACUUUGUUAUAGUGUAAUUUUCUUUUGGGUAAGAAUGCACUUCAUGUGCUCAGCGUGGUUUGAAAGCGGAUAACUCAUCAGCAUUAUCAUCAUCAUUUUAUUAUUUGUUAAUAAAAUUGAACUUGAUCUAUAUCCUGUAUAUACAUAUACAUAAAUACAUAAUACAUACAUACAUACAUAUAUAUAUGCAUUGCUUGAUGUUAAUUGCUCCAGGAAAAAAUUAUGAGUUUUAUAUAAAAGCAGAUGUGACAGAAUAUUUCAAAUACAAAAAUUAUCUUAAUUUUCUGUGAUAGAAAUAUACUAAAUUUUUAGUUUCCAAUAAGUUUAUCAGUUUCUUACUUAUUUUUAAUUGUAUGAAUAAGUUAAAAUUAGAUUAGCUUCAUUUUAUGCUUGGUUUUGUAAAAUCAGAAUUUUGAUUAGUCUGAUUGAUCGAUUACAAGACAAUGCAAAUUUUUAUGAUUUGAAGAAAAUACAAUUUAGAAAUUUGUGUAAUGGGCUCUAAAAUUUUCUUUUCUUUUCUAUAUUAAAAAAUGGAUAAAAUUAACAACUUGUCAAUUUUUGUUAAGAGUCUUCAAGAAAUGCUAUGUUUUGUUCAAAGAAGUGACUGUUAUAGUAACCAGUGUAAUGUUUGCGUUCAUAUUUAAUUUUAAUCGGAAUAAAUGGCUAAUAACCUUUGAAUAAACACUGUCAAUCAUUUUUUUAAUACUUAGUAUUUUAAACACUUAUUUGAUAGUAAUAAUUUAAAUUAAAAACUAUAUUUUAAUAAAUAAAUGAAGAAAUGCAUUCAUUAUAAAGAAUACAACAUAAACAUAUACAGCACAUGGCUAAUAAUUUGCAUUAAAGAGACUGUAAUUAUUACAUUGAAUUAAAGUAUUCUGACAGAUUAUUGGAUAGUUUAUAUUUAAAAGCAGAUUUCUCUCAAAAUUCAAUCUAAAUGAUUCAUAGUUGAAAAAAUUAAGAUAUAAUUACAUCAAGAAUAUAUUUUUUAAAUUUAUAAAUGUUUUGUUUCUAGUCUGUUCAUAGGGAGCAGAAAACUGACAGUAAAAUAAUUAAUUAUAAUAAUCAAUCAAUAAUUUUGAAUUAUUUUAUUUUACUAUUAUAAUUUAAAGAAAAGAUCAUAAAAUUUUGUAACCAUCAUAUUAGAUUUAAUUUGAUGUCAUAAUUAUGUUUAUUAAAAGAUGAAUAUGAUUAAUGAAAGUGAUAUUACAAAAAAUUAUAAUUGAAGUUUUAAAGGAUUGCCUGAAUAUAUCUGCUUACACAGAUGAGAAUGAAUGAACAAUUCCACAUCAGUGAAUCAACAGUCUACAGAUGUGCUAGAACAAUGGUUCCCAAUUAGUGGUACGUGUACCCCUGGGGGUACGCGAAACUGCAUAAAGGAGUACAUGCAGCAAUCUAAAAUUGGUCGAUUUAAAAUUUAAAUGUAUGAGAUGAAGCAAUCAAAAAAAUAAUGGUGGACCACCAAAAAUUCGGCAAUUUACAACAUGAUGUCGAAUGCACAAAUUUGUUUAUUUAUAACUAAAAAUAUUUUCGAAAUUUCAUCAAAAAAUUGCAUUUGUGACAAUACCUAAAUGAAAUUUUUAUGCAAGAAACAAAAAUUAUACAAUUAACAUUAUCAUUAUGUCAGCGAAGUGGCAAUAAAAUAUUUACUAUCAUUUUGCACAACAUACCUCUGCGAGAGCAGAUUUUUGGCCAUGACAAACAUGAAAAUUAAACAUCGUCACCAACUUCAACUCAAAGAUGAUUUGAGACUGAGCUGACCAAAAAGCAACCAGAUUUCACAAAGUUGUGCAACGAAAAUCAUGCACAUUUGUCACAUUAAAAUUAAAUAACUUUAUGUUAUUUUCAUUAUUAUUAGAAUUGUAUUUUAAAGGUAAUAAAUGUAAAAAAACUUAUUUUAUUUAUCACUAGCUGUCUACCCACAGC